AAAAGCAGCUGUGGUGUCUAAAGAGAGAGAAAGGAGAGAGAGACACAUAGAUCAAAAGAUAAGCGUUGAUAUUGCCAACUUCCACUCCUCUCUCUCUCUAUAAAUAAUUAUUGCUUUCCACUACCUCUCUCUUAACCUCGAAAAGUCAGCGCCUUCUUUUGUUUCCUCUCUCUCUAGGGCAGAGCAAGCACGGCAGAAGCAGGGGAAUGGCGGAUGAUUGGGACCUUCAAGCGGUGGUCAGAAGCUGCUCUGCCGCCACUGCCACCACCACCACCGCAUCUACCUUUCUACCACAAGAUGAUCAAUUCCUGUUCUUUCCAGAUCCGUUUGAACCUAGAAGUAGUGAGAGAGUUGAAGAGUUGCAUGAGUUGUUCAAGCCCUUUUUCCCCCAAUUUCAAACCCUGACACCUCAAAACAACAGACCCAUCUCACCUCUCUCUGUUCUUGGUGGCUUACAAGAUCUAUCAUCACAACCACCACCACCACCACCACCACAACAACAAAGACAACAAGAAAAGCAGAAACAUCAUAAGCUGUCUGUUACUGGUUCAAGAGCUUUUAUGACCAAUACUUCUACUACUGCUAUUUCACAUACCCCAAGCCCAAGGUCCAAGAAAAGGAAGAGCCAGAUGAAAAGGGUUUGUGAAGUUCCAGCAGAGGGCUUGUCUUCUGAUAUGUGGUCUUGGAGGAAAUAUGGGCAGAAACCCAUCAAAGGCUCUCCAUAUCCGAGAGGAUACUACAGAUGUAGCACAUCAAAGGGGUGUAUGGCCCGGAAACAAGUGGAGCGAAACAGAUCCGACCCGGGAAUGUUCAUUGUCACCUACACCAACGAGCACAAUCACCCUAUGCCCACCCACCGGAACUCACUCGCCGGAAUCAGCCGCCAAAAGCCUGCUGCACCUGAAACCGUCGCAGCCGGUGAAACCCACAACAACCCCUCUUGCUCCGAUCCGGUUUCUCCGGUGGAGAGCAGAGAAGAAGAGUUAGAAGAUCUGAUGGAAGAGAGAGAAGAAGAUGAGUCGGGUGGUGUUUCUGAUAUGGUUAUAAGUGAUGAUUUCUUUGACGGUUUGGAUGAGAUUACCGGCUUGGCGGCCGGAGAUUCCUCUCCGGAUCACUUGCCUGCGAGUUUACCCUUCCCUUGGCUGGCCAACAACGCUACAACCACCACCGCAGGCGGUGGCUGAGUUUCUGGUUAAGUCUUACUUUAUGCCCGCGCGAGCGUGAAAAUAUUUCUCAAAAAAUCUCAAACUAUUAAAAUAUCUGAGACCGAAGAUUUAGAGCGAAAACGAGAAGCAACUAUGAAGAAUUAUGUGACUAAAGUCUUCCGAAAACAUGAUUCAUUCGGAAGACAUGGAAUGUGAAUGAUGCAUUUUUUUCCCUUCAUUUUAGACUUUUUGAUUUGUUUAUUUUUUUUUCCCUUAGUAUUAGAGAGAAGGUUUCCACCAGUGGCAAAGAAUCUUUAUGACAAUGUUUUGUACGUAUAACGUAUAAUUCCACCUUCCAUUAUAGAUGAGUCUUGUAGAGGAAAAAAGCUGUUUUAUUCCAUGUUUCUAGAUGCACUGUAAUAUAGCGACAGGAGUUUAGUUCUUCA